AUGGCGAGCGUCUGGGGAGCCAGUGGCCACGAAAGCACUUGCGUGAGCAAUCGCGGUCUGCCGUAUGACCAGCGCAACUGCGAUGCUCUUUGCAAGGAUCGCGGGUGUUUGUGGAAGGAGAAUGCAUGCGUGUGCGAAGAUGGGGUGUAUUCCAGGUCAAGACGACCGUUGCGUAUGCAAAGAUGGUGGAAAAUUUUCGAAGACGAGUCGCAGGUGCGGGCCAUCAAGACCGCUCUCGCCUUCUACCGAGAAGGAGUUGUGACGAGUUGUGAGCUGUCGUGCCGGGCGCCCGUGCACGUGUUGGCCAGGGAGGAGGUUUUCGUGGUUUCGUCGACUGCCGUCGACGAGCCUGAGCUUACGACACUUGCGGGGGAAUACGAGCAGACAGGCCGCAACCACGGCAAGCCGUUCUUCCGCCGCCGGCGAACUUCCGAGGAGGCGGAGGAGAUCUACCUCUACUUCUGGGACUUGCGCGACGGGCCAGACUUUGUCGGGUGGUGGCUGGGGCAGUCCGUGGGCGCCUCGCUCGUCUGGAGUCGAUGCGAGGCAGCAGAGGACCGGCCCCCCUCAAGCGGCUGGCGCAUCCCCUGGGACGGGGCGGUGAGCGACCACUUGCAGGUCCGUCGACUUUCUCCUCCAACUCCAGCACCCACAAAGGAAGAGGUGAAAGAGGAAGAUGUGGAACAAGCACCAUCAGAAGAGCAGCAGGAGCAGCUAUUGCUGGCCAGAGAUCAGGUGGCUUUGGUCGAAGCGGAGGCAACGCAGGUCUUGGAGACGGCGGUCGCCAUGCUCGAAGGCGAGGUGCCUGAGGAUGUCGCCCGCACCGUCGUGGAGUCGGUGCAAGCCCAGCUGGAGUCGCUUUUGGAGGUGCAUCAGUCCUUGGCCGCGGACAUUGUCAAGGCGAGACGUAGCUCGAGAGAGAUCCUCCCAGAGCUCACGAAGCUUACGCCUCGAGUGCGCUCCGUGCAGAGUAGCCUGGCACAAGUCUUGGGCCAGGCACAGGAUCUGGUAUUGCAGCCUCCGAAAUUGGAGACGACGAAUCCGGAGGAGGACCAGCAUGCGGGGCAGCUCCGAGCGGACUUGUCCGAGGCCGCCGACAGCCUGCACGAGGCGGAGGAGAAGCUCCACUCCCUCCUCUCCCUGGACAAGGCCGGCGGGCCGAGAAAUCCGCUCGACGAGCUGGCCGAGCAGGCGGAGAAGGCCCUGAAAGCAGCAAGAGCCGUUGCAGCCAGGCAAGUGGCAGCGGCUAGAAAGUUCACCCCUCGCGUCCGGAACUUGGCCGCCACGGAAUACGCAAAGCUGCAGAAGAAGCUCCAACGCCUUGAGGCCGAGCUCAGGCCGCUCCGAGCCCCGAAGCCUCCGCCCGUCGACACCGCGGCGCUGGCGGAGCUGGCGGGGACGCUGGCGCAGGUGGAGUCGGGCGUCCAGGAAGCCAACAUCGCGCUUGAUGCUGGCGACUUGGCCCCCGAUGCGCUGCAGAAGUUGGAAGCCGAUCUUCUGGCUUGGCUGAAAGCGCUGGCAGCCGGGAAGAAGGCGCAGGAGGCGUUGGGCAGGCCUGCAAAGGGCAGCGGAGCAAAGCCUCCGCCGGAGCUGGCGGAGCUGGCGGAGCUCCGGGCGCGGAUGCUGACCUGCAAGGAAGGCCUGGACGCAGUGGCGGCCCGACUGCGCGAUGUCAAGGAGGACCUCCGCUGCCAGAAGAUGCUCCGUGCAGCCGCGGAGCGCACGCAGGCUGCCGAGGAUCAGGUGGAGGCGGUCUCGAGCAGCCGCGCAGCCUUUGAGCAGGGCAUGUUUGAGAUGACUGCGGAGGAGGCAUCAAGGGCCGGUGCCCAAUGCCGGCAGGAGGCGGACCGGUGUCAGACCAAGGUGCAACAAGCUGGAGCUUUCCUGCGCGCCCGCCUUGGCGACAUCGGCCACGUGCCCGAGAAGAGCCGACCCCAUGCGGAGCGGGAGCUGAGACGGCUGCAGCUCCGUCUGGAGACGGUGCUGCAGAAGUUGGAGACGAUCCGCGAGGACGUGGGCCAGAACGAGGCCUGGGUGCUGCUGCAAGAUGCGGUGGCGCCCGUGGCCGAAGUCGAGCUUCUGGUUCAGAAAGCCGAGGAGGCAAGCACUCCCCUAAUCGCAGCAUCCCAGGACGGGCGCGCGGAACUCGAGGGUCUGCGGGAGGCCAUGCAGCGGAUGCUGGACACCGAGAAGGAGGCGGCCUUGUCGGUAGCAGCCGCGCGGCGGCUGCUGGCCAGCAAGGAGCACCAGGCCCAGGAGCGGCAGAAGGAGAUCCCUCCGUUCGCGCAAGGUUUGCGUGAGCUGCAAGAUCGCCUGCAGCGAGCGCAGCAGAAACUGGCGGAUCAGCGCAAGCGCGCGCUCCAGGGUGAAAGGCUCUGGCAGGCGCAGCUCCUACUGGAGCAGCUGGUCGAGCGGAUGCAGCCUGUGGAGGCGGAGGUGGAGCAGGUGGAGCUCCUUUGUACCCCAGUGGGGGAUGAGGGCGCGCCGACGGAGGAGCAGCGCGCGGAAGCCGAGGGAGCCAUCGGAGCCGCCGAGCAGUCCCUCCUCGACGUCGAGGAAGACUUGGCCACCGCUCGGACGCGGCAAGGUGCAGUGGCAACCAGUCCGGAGGCCGCCGAGGCGCUGUUGCAGCUCGAGGUGCGCCUACAAAACUGCCGAGGCCGCUUGUUCGACGUUCGCUGCAACUCGCCCUUGCUGGCCCAGUCUGAGGCUCCGUUGCCCAAGCGCCGCCGCACGUAG